AUGAACACGGCUCCUUCUGGUCACACAUCGGCGCCAAUGAAGCCAACGCUCGACAAAGAGAAGGCACCGAAACCUAUGGUCGACGACCGACUCUUUCGCAAAGACAAGGCGUCGGCAGAGAAGUCGACACUUGAGAAGACAACGGCCGCCAAGAAUAUGGCGUCCGCUAAGAACCCGCCCUUUAGGACGCCUUCUAUCGACCGAUCUGUGACUAAGAAGCCUAACGUUUCGAUGAAAGAGUCGACGAAUCGCACAGAAAAGCAUAAGUCGUCGCAAAAUGAAGGGCUAAAUGUAGAGAAGUCGAGGCCAACCGCAGAGAAGCCGAGACCCGCUCCGGACAUGUCUACGCUUGUCAUCAUUAAGUCUAAGACUGUGGCAGAGAAGGCGAAAACGUCCGCAAACAUGUCAAUGCCUAUCAUUGUUAAACCAAAACCGGGCGUUGAAAAGUCCAAACCAGUUGUAGAAAAGCCCAAACAGAGCGUAGAAAAGACAAAACACGUGUCAGAAAAGCCGAAACCCGUCUCAGAAAAGCCGAAACCUGUCUCAGAAAAGCCGAAACCCGUCUCAGAAAAGCCGAAACCCGUCUCAGAAAAGCCGAAACCGGUCGCAGAGAAUCCAAAACCGAUCGCUGAAAAGACACAACUAAUCGUAGAAAAAUUGAUACCAUCUGUAGAUAAGCCGAAACCUGUCCCUCAAAAGCACAGUUCGGUCGUAGAAAACGUGAGACCAUUGGGUGCGAGACCGGGACCCGCGUCAUCAAAGCUCAAGUUGGCCAAUGAGAAGCCGAGACCAGACGUAUUGAAAACAAAACAAAUACCAGAGGUAUUAAAAGCUAAGCCAAUGCCAGAGGUAUCGAAAGUUAAGCCAACGCCAGAGGUAUCGAAAACUAAACCAAUACCAGAAGUGUUGAGAGCGAAGCCAAUGCCAGAGGUAUUGAAAGCGAAGCCAAUCUUACCGAAGCCCGUCAUUGAGAAACCAAAGCUUGUUAUUAAGAGCCCGACUCACGAUAGGGUGACUACAGAAAAGUUUAACACACAGUCCACUAAAGAGCCUCACAAACCAAUGAACUCGUGGUUAUCGAUGCCAUCGGGAAGUAGAGAGACAAAAGUGAGUAAAACAGGGGUAACGGGUCCGGUGGCGCCUAUAGUUAGAGGCAAAACUACUGAAGCAGACAUAAAAUUCUAUGAAUCGUUGCGAAUCUAUUUGAAGACAAAGCGAAUCAUUGGUUACGAAGAAACCACUUUCAAAGAAGACGCCAAAAAUUUUAAAGUUAAACACAAUGUGCUGUUCAUGAGAGGCAGAGAAGUGAUCGAAAGUGAACAACGAAUGAGAGAUCUGUCCGUUGAGUACCAUUUGAACGCAAACGCAAAGUCUUCCAAAUCGAGACACAGAGGCGCUAAGGCGACCGCCACUGCUCUCAGAAAUAAGUACUUCUGGCCAACCAUUGACAACGAUGUCAAGGAUGUGAUCAAUCGCUGCAUUGUUUGCAAUCCGAGAGAAUACGCGUUGACAACAUUUCAGUUGUGGAAGUAUAUCGAAAUCGGUGUAAUCGACUCGAUUCUUGUGGUCCGAGACUUGUCUUCGAAGUCAUCGAUUUUCAAUUGCGGCGUUUGUGAAGACUUAAACGCUCGGAAGCUGUGCUAUCAUUUGCUCAAUUUGUUCCAACAGUACGGCAUUCCCAAUGCUAUUCGUGUAGUGUUACCACAAUUUCCGCUGCAAUUUGUUCAGGAAUUAAAGGAAUGCUUUCAAAGAGAAUUAACCAUUUUUAUUGAAAGCAUACACACUGUGUGCGAAGCGAACGAAGACGCGGAGGAAGUGUUCUCACUUCCAAAGGUGAACAUUACAAUGGAAACCGGAGACGACAAGUGUCCCGAAAAUGAUAAACAAUUGUUUUCAUCGAAAUGGUUAAUUCCGGACACAGUUUACGACAGUGUCUCUCGAGAUAUUAAUAAUUUUGUGAACAAAGUUAGCGAUUGGGAGCAACGAAUGUCUGCACUCACUCUUCAUUUUCAGAUUAAUGGAACCAAUUUGAAGGCCAAUGAAGUGGAGGUCGAGCCAGAAGUGAAUACACCGAAGGAGAAGAAAGGCCCGAAUUGGAGAGAAGUGCAAAGACUUCAGUCAGACAUGAAGACAUCCAAUCCAUCCAAACCCAAACGACAGCCAAAACCCAAAGUAGAUGACGACUACGAGACGGACGGAUCCAGCGAUUCGGAAAUGGAUAUCUCAGGUGACGACUCGGAUGACCACAUCUCCAAAAGACGGGUCAGAGUUCGUCAAAAUAGCGAUGAAUCCAAUGAUUCACAUAAACCAAAGAUUGAAGCAAAGAAAACAAUUGUCGACACAAUGAGGCACUCAAUCGAUACCAUUACUGUUGACGAUUCGUCCAAUUCUCAGUCCACUUCGUCCCAUAUCUCUGCUAUUAGUUCGACAGCCGAUCAGACAUCGAAUCGCGAGACACCGGAACCAUUAGUACCGGAAUCUAAUGAUGUUUUAAUCUAUGACACGGAUGACGACGCGAUCGCCGGUGACAUUGAUUUCGACCAACUAUUUGCCAAAAGUACUGAAGAAGAAGAUAAAGAUGCCAAACAUAGCGCUGCUAUUGAAAGCAUUAUCUCAUUUUUAGACGAUUCGGUAAGUGAUGACCACUCAAAGGACACCCCAUUGGCGGAGGCGUCGAAUAAGAAGAGUGAAAAGAAGAGCAUUAAAACCAAAGUUUUGAAAAAAUCCAAUUCGUCUGAAGAGGACGACAGACCCGUCAAUGAAAUCGUAAGAUCAUUGUAUAGAAAUACGCCUAAAACGAGUCAUAACUCAACGUCUAAGCAAACGACGAGUUCAAUGAAAACUCCGCAAACGGGGAACAAACGUAAGAAGGAAUCGGACGACGAUUUGAGCUCUGAUUAUGACAACCAAAGAGUGGCCACGAGUUCGACAAAGUGUAAGACGACUGUUAAACGUGUUAAUAAAACUCCAAACACGACAAAGAAGGCGAAAACGGAUGCGAAGCCACGGAGACCUAAGGCUCUUUCGGAAGCGUCUGAUAGCAGCGCAUCGGAAACGGUUGACGAAAGCGCCAAAAGCAGUGCUCAGAACAAAGAGAAUGAGACGCUUAAAGAGGUGUCAGUAUAUCACUGCCCAUACUGUGACUUCUCGACCAAUGAGAAGCACAAUCUUCUGCUCCAUUCGGGCAAACAUAAGACCGAAUCCAAAACGAAACUCUAUUGCAGUGUAUGUUUUGGUAUCUUCUAUAAUACGGAUCGCUUGGAACAGCAUAUGAUAGAACAGCACCCGCUGGACAUCAAACACACCAUUCUAUACGGCUGUUCAGUCAACGAAUGCAAAGGAGUUGAAUGCGAGUCAAUCGCCCAAUUGGACCAACACUUGCAUCAACACAUCGAAACA